CCCUUCUUCUCUUCUGUUUCUCGCUAUUGUUUUUUGUUUUUUUUUUUUUUUCAUUUGGGUAUCUCUGACUCUGAGUUUAUUCUUUCACUGUUUCUCUGCCCACCGACGCACGCUGAGAAAGUCUCUAAAAGCAAACCCUAAAAUCCCUUAAUCCCUCGUCUGAUUUGGAAAUCCAAAUCCACUCCCACUUCCCCAAUCCCAAUCCUAAUCCCGAGGCUCUGCUCUUCGCCGUCGAGUUUUGGUCGAUCGAGUCCGAUUGUUCUCUUUGACUUCUCUCCCAUUCCCACGUACUCGAAUCUCGCCGAUCUUCUCACUCUUUGCUUGCUCAGAUUCGCCGAUUCAGCUCGGAAUCAGUGAACCGGCGACUUUGACAAUGCUAGAGGGGUGGCUGGGCGCUCGGAGGCUCUUGAAGAUCAAGCGAGUCGUCCGGAAGGGCAAGCUCACGCUGCUCUGCUUUGCGCUCACCGUGCUCGUCAUCCGCAGCAACCUCGGUGCCGGCAAGUUCGGCACGCCGCAGCACGACUUGACGGAGAUCCGCGACCACUUCUCCUUCUCCGGCCGCCGGGCAGAGCCGCGUCGAGUACUGGAGGAAGCUCAAACUACCACAGCCUCCGCCACUACUAACUCGGGGUCAACAUCGGACAACAACUACGCCACGUUUGACAUCAGCAAGAUCUUGGUGGACGAAGGUGAGGACGAAAAGCCCGAUCCGAAAAAACCGUACAGUCUGGGACCAAAGAUCUCGGACUGGGACGAGCAGCGAGCCGAAUGGCUCCGCCAAAAUCCGAACUUCCCUAAUUUUCUCCGGCCCAAUAAACCGAGAGUUCUAUUGGUUACCGGCUCAUCGCCCAAACCAUGUGAAAACCCGGUUGGCGAUCAUUACUUGUUGAAGUCAAUUAAGAACAAGAUUGAUUAUUGUAGGCUACAUGGGAUUGAAAUCUUUUACAACCUGGCCUUGCUUGAUGCUGAAAUGGCUGGCUUUUGGGCGAAGCUUCCCUUAAUUCGGAAGCUUUUGUUAUCCCACCCGGAGGUUGAAUUCCUCUGGUGGAUGGAUAGUGAUGCUAUGUUUACAGAUAUGGCGUACGAGGUGCCGUGGGAGAGGUACAAGGAUCACAAUUUUGUGAUGCACGGGUGGAAUGAGAUGGUUUAUGAUCAGAAGAAUUGGAUUGGAUUGAACACUGGAAGUUUCUUGCUGAGGAAUUGUCAGUGGUCUUUGGACAUUCUUGAUGCUUGGGCUCCAAUGGGUCCGAAAGGGAAGAUUAGGGAGGAAGCAGGGAAGAUACUGACUAGGGAGCUUAAGGAUAGGCCGGUUUUUGAAGCUGAUGAUCAGUCAGCCAUGGUCUAUCUGCUGGCAACUCAGAGGGAUAAGUGGGGUGAGAAGGUGUAUCUUGAGAGUGGAUAUUAUUUGCAUGGUUAUUGGGGUAUUUUGGUGGAUAGGUAUGAGGAAAUGAUCGAGAAUUACCACCCGGGUCUUGGCGACCACAGGUGGCCGCUUGUUACCCACUUUGUCGGCUGCAAGCCGUGUGGGAAGUUUGGGGAUUAUCCAGUAGAGAGAUGCUUGAAACAGAUGGACCGUGCAUUCAACUUUGGGGACAAUCAGGUUCUGCAGAUUUAUGGGUUUACACACAAGUCGCUGGCAAGCAGGAGGGUCAAGAGGACAAGAAAUGAGACCGGCAAUCCUCUUGAAGUCAAGGACGAGCUGGGUUUGCUUCACCCAGAAUUCAAAGCUGAACAGGUGUCAUCUUCUUGAGGACACGUGAAGGUGAUUAACUUCAAAUCAAGUUUGAGACACUCUUCCACAUUAAGAUUCUUUUGUGCACUUAUAUACGUGUUACUUUAUAUUUUGGUACUACUUGUAAUUUGUGAUAGCCCUUGUUAUUUAUAUCUCACUUAUCCCAAUCCUUUUGUGUUACUAGUCUUUGAAUAAUAUUUAUUUUUGACUAAACAAAAAAGAAAAUCUGUUUUGAAUGGAAGGCAAGGUUUCAUUUU